CCAGCUGAGGUUGGUGUCCUGGUAAGCAAAGACCGAUCAGGUAUUUUCGUGAAUGGGCUGACACUUGGGGGCCAGAAAUGCUCUGUGAUCCGGGACUCGCUGCUGCAGGACGGGGAGUUUACGAUGGAUCUUCGUACCAAGAGCACCGGAGGAGCCCCCACCUUCAACAUCACCGUCACCAUGACCGCCAAGACGCUAGUCCUGCUGAUGGGCAAAGAAGGUGUCCAUGGUGGUUUGAUCAACAAGAAAUGUUACGAAAUGGCCAAUCACCUGCGGCGUUCCCAGUACUGACCUCAUCUGCCCCUCCCCCACCACUCCCUACAGCUUUUGCACCCCCUCUUUCCACACACACACCAUUAUUUUUUGGGCCAUUACCCCAUUUCCCUUAUUGCUGCCAAAACCACAUGGGCAGGGGGCUGGGGCUGGAUGGACAGAUACCUCCCCCUACCCAUACCCCUCCUGUGUGUGUUUGGAAAAUUUUUUGUCCUUUUUUUUUUUUUUCUUUUUCUGAAUAAAAAAAGAUUCUACUAACAA